AUGUUGAGUUUAAAGGAAAUCGCCUGGACCCGUGUCUCUGAUGGUGCCAUUCUGACUGCGGGAAACCGUACCUUUACAAGAGACCCAAGAUGGCAAGUCUCCAAAAAGUCAGCAAAUAUUUGGGUGCUGAAUUUAAGACGCGCAGAGCACCAGGAUUUGGGAUGUUAUCUGUGUGAAAUCAAUGAUAAGCAUAAUACAGCAUACGCAGUUUAUUUGAAAGUGUUGCACACUCCUGUUGCCUCCCCAUAUUCUCUGCAGAGUGUGAUUUUGGAGGUAUGCGCCUUUAAAGAUCCAGCUGGAUUAGCAGCCUCAGAGAAGGGGUAG